GCGAAUGAUAAGGAAAAUCGUCCAACGCGUAUGACAUUUUGGCUGAAGAAAUGGCUUCAAACAGCUCCGCAAACAGACCUGAUGACCACAGGAGGAAGUGGGACAGGGAUGAAUUUGAGAAGAUCGCUAAGGAGCGGUUGGAUAAGGAGGAUGAUGACAGUACUGAAAAUGAGAGAAAACGAAAUGAGCCACCAAUUAGACGAGAACUUCUCAAGCAAAGAGAGUACAAAGUUGACCUGGAGUCCCGCCUCGGCAAGUCACAGGUCAUCACUAAGACAACACCCUCAUCACAGAUGGGCGGGUACUACUGCAAUGUGUGUGACUGCGUUGUUAAAGACUCCAUCAACUUCCUUGAUCACAUCAACGGCAAGAAACAUCAACGGAAUCUUGGCAUGUCCAUGAAAGUUGAACGCUCUACCUUGGACCAAGUCAAAAAGCGUUUUGAGCUGAACAAGAGGAAGCGUGAAGAGAAAAAGAAAGAUUACGACUUUGAAUCAAGAAUGCAAGAACUCAGAGAAGAGGAAGCCAAACAGAAGGCCUACAAAAGAGAGCAGAGGCAAGAUAGAAAACGAAAGGCAGACGAUGAUGAUUUGGAUUCAGGUGUUGAUCCUGAUAUGGCAGCCAUGAUGGGAUUCUCAGGAUUUGGUGGUGCAAAAAAGAAGUGAACAGCUGGGUCUUUAGGUUUGGAUUGAGUGAUGUUUUAAUUGUCACCAGGAGGGCAGUGAAAUAUUGAAGACCAGCUAAAGC